GCCUGCACUGCGACUUCAACGGCUGACGGGGCACUGCGCGUGUGUUUGCUGACAUCACUCCUCCCUGAGUCUAGGAAUCGUCCACGAUGGAAGCAGUUACGGAAGCUGCGGAGACGGCAGCCGUGGUGCCCGGCCUGGGAGACCUCCUGGACGCGGGGGACGGCGCCGUGGUGACGCUGGUGGCGGGCGACACCCGGCUGGCGGCGCACAGCGCCGUCCUCGCGGCCAGGAGCCCCGUGCUGGCAGCCAGGUUCCAGCACGACACGCCGCACGUCACCAUCACGGACGCGGAGGGCCCGGUGCUACGCCAGCUGCUAGCCUACUGCUACACCCUCCAGGCCCCGCAGCUGCCCGGCAUGGCUCCCCAACUGCUGGCAGCUGCCGACAAGUACGACUUGUCAGGCCUGAAGGACGCGUGCGAGCAGCAGCUGGCCGCACGGCUGCACGUGGAGAAUGCGGCGGCCACGGCUGUGCUCGCGCUGAGCCACUCUUGCUCCAGGUUGAAGGAAGCCGCUGUCGCGUUUAUAAAAACCCACACCUACGAGGUGGUGAUGACGCAGGGCUGGGCGGAUGCCGUGGUCAGCCACCCUCACGCUGUUGUGGAGUUAACUUGCCUGAUUACAGAGCCACCUGCACCAACCAGCGCGCCAGCCACUACAGAGGGUGGACCAGCCACUACAGAGGGUGGACCAGCCACUACAGAGGGUGGACCAGCCACUACAGAGGACGGACCAGCCACUACAGAGGGUGGACCAGCCACUACAGAGGGUGAAAUAGCCACUACAGAGGGUGAACCAGCCACUACAGAGGGUGAACCAGCCACUACAGAGGACGGACCAGCCACUACAGAGGGUGGACCAGCCACUACAGAGGGUGGACCAGCCACUACAGAGGGUGGACCAGCCACUACAGAGGGUGAACCAGCCACUACAGAGGGUGGACCAGCCACUACAGAGGGUGGACCAGCCACUACAGAGGGUGGACCAGCCACUACAGAGGGUGGACCAGCCACUACAGAGGACGGACCAGCCACUACAGAGGGUGAACCAGCCACUACAGAGGGUGGACCAGCCACUACAGAGGGUGGACCAGCCACUACAGAGGGUGGACCAGCCACUACAGAGGGUGGACCAGCCACUACAGAGGGUGGACUAGCCACUACAGAGGGUGGACCAGCCACUACAGAAGAUGAGGGUGCUAUGCCAGCCACUACAGAGGUUGGGCCCACCCCUGCCUCUCACCGCCAGCUCCCCUGCGACCCCAGCCAAGCUCACGUCACAGCUGCACUGCCCACAAUUCCCCACCAUACAGCUUCGCCUGAUGAAGCCACAGCCUCCCCCAUGCGGAACCUUUCUGGACGAGAGAGAGACAGGAGGCUGAUACAGGCAGCUAAGCAGGGGACAGUGGAGGUGUUGCAGGCGCUCCUUGCGAUAGGCGCAGACGUGGGGGCGAGAGACGAGAGCUGGAGUGGAUGGACCGCCCUCCACUGGGCAGCAUACUGGGGAGAUGCGGAGGCGGUGAGGUGCCUGGUAGAUGGCGGGGCCGAAGUGGACGCCAGAGACCACAGGAAGAUCGCGCCUCUGCAUUUGGCUGCAUUCAAUGGCCACACGGCCGUGGUACAGAUGCUCCUGGCGUCCUCUGCUGAUCCCAACUCCAGGCACCACUGGGGAGGAACACCUCUGCACGGGGCAGCGUACGGUGGCCACGCAGACGUGGUGGCUGUGUUGCUGGAGGCAGGAACUGAGAUGCGAGCCAGAGAUAACAUGGGGAAGACCUCCCUGGACUACGCCAGGCUGAAUAAACACCAGCACCUGGAAGAGAUGCUGUCCUGAAGCUUGCAGACCUAUAAUAUAAUUAUACGGAAUAAAACAAAAGUUUGCUACAUUUAAAAUAAAUAAUACAAAAAUAAA